CGCCUCUUCUCUCACCAGCUACACACACACUCACACCCACAAACACAUUCUCCCACAGCACUUCCGACACACCACUCAACUCUCAAACAAAUCACACCAAGUUUCACAUCAAGCCCCACCAACAUCCACACAACAAUGUCGACCACCGUUCAUGUCAAGGGCAUCAGCGCCCAGACCAGCGAGAAAGAGGUCCGCGACUUCUUCAGCUUCUGUGGCAAGAUUCAAUCCCUCUCCCUCACUCCAGAGUCCAACGACUCCAGCGCAUCACAGUCCGCCAGCGUCACCUUCGAGAAAGAGACCGCCGCUAAGACCGCCCUCCUCCUUGACAACACACAACUGGGCCCGUCGCAGGUCCAUGUUACAGCUGGCCAAACACUCGAACAGGCAUCCGGCGGUAAGACUGCUGGUGCUUCGGAAGAUGAUCUUGCCCAGGAGGACAAGCCGCGUGCCCGUGUUGCAGCCGAGAUGCUUGCCCACGGUUACAACUUGAGCGACCAAGUCAUCCAGAAAGCCCUUGCUCUUGAUCAACAGCAUGGCAUCUCGACCCGCUUCACCACCGCUCUCCAAAACUUUGAUGCCAAGUACAAGGUGUCUGAGAAGGCAAAGACCACCGACACCCAGUACGGCAUCUCGGCCAAGGCCAAUGAAGGCUGGAAAGGCUUCAACUCGUACUUCGAGAAGGCUCUUGGAACUCCCACUGGCCUAAAGGUCCGCCAGUUCUAUGAGCAGGGCAGCAAGCAAGUUCUUGAUGUCCACAACGAGGCCAAGCACCUUGCAUCUUUGAAGGCUGGCAAGGAGCCAAAUCACCCAGUCGAGGGCAAGGAAGGCCGAACAGCUUGCGCUUGUGGUAGUGCCGCCGCCAAGUGCUCGUGCAAGCCUGGAGAGUGUGCUUGCUCCAGCUGCAGCAAGAACCCGGACGAGAAGACAUCCACCGUUUCCGCGGAGGAGGCCGAACUGGAGAAGAUUCCUGGCACCGAAAAGACCAAGUGCAACUGCGGAGGUGCAGAUGCAAAGUGCGCGUGUGAGGCAGGCAAGUGUGCUUGUGCUAGCUGCCCCAAGUCAUCGUAGGCUGUCUCGCGACGACCACAAGCAUGGGUGUCUUAGCUCCAAUCUGCCUGGUCAAAGAAAGUGAACGUGGCCAUUAGGCAUCGUUCCAUUGAUCUGGCAAGAUGGGAAUGAACAGUACGGCCGUUUCGAAAGUCUGCAUUCAACUUGAUUGUAUCACUAUCGCGGAGAAUGGAUUUGGCGCCGGUGCAAAAGGAAGGGAUGAAGGGAUGCAGGCGUGCGAGGGAAUGGUUAGUUUAUGAAGUUAUGAGAUUGAAAGUAGCGAAUAUGCAAGCGACUGUUUUAGUAUUCUAUAUCGCAGUCCAUCAAUGUCCCGAACCUUGGUCAUUUGUUCCUGCAUAAACGUG